UCCCCAGAAGAUUUGGCCCAGGUUCCAGCUAACUCCACCUCCAACAUCUUGAAUCGUCUGAUGGUCAGUUAUGACCCAAGAAUCAGGCCUAACUUUCAAGGUAUCCCAGUCGAGUCCAGGGUGAACAUCUUCAUAAAUAGCUUUGGGUCCAUCCAGGAGACUACCAUGGACUACAGAGUGAACAUAUUUCUUCGUCAGAGAUGGAAUGACCCUCGCCUACGACUUCCUACUGACUUCAAGAGUGAGGCACUGACUGUUGACCCCAACAUGUUCCAAUGUUUAUGGAAACCAGACCUUUUCUUUGCAAAUGAGAAAAACGCAAACUUCCAUGAUGUCACACAGGAUAACAUUCUCCUCUUCAUCUUCAGGAAUGGAGAUGUCUUGAUCAGUAUGAGGCUGUCGGUGACGCUGUCUUGUCCCUUAGAUCUUACGCUCUUCCCAAUGGACACACAGCUGUGUAAGAUGCAGCUGGAGAGCUUUGGCUAUACCACCAGUGAUCUUGUGUUCAUGUGGCAGUCUGACCCAGUUCAGAUGGAUGAGAUUGCUCUCCCUCAGUUCGACAUCAAACAAGAGGACAUAAAAUAUGGAAACUGCACAAAGUACUACCAAGGAACAGGAUACUACACCUGUGUAGAAGUGAUUUUUACGUUGCGGCGCCAGGUUGGUUUCUACAUGAUGGGGGUUUAUGCUCCAACUCUUUUGAUUGUUGUAUUGUCCUGGUUAUCAUUCUGGAUCAACCCCGAUGCUUCAGCUGCAAGAGUACCAUUGGGUAUUUUAUCGGUACUCUCUCUGUCCAGCGAGAGUAUGUCCUUGGCAUCAGAGCUCCCAAAGGUAUCCUAUGUAAAGGCCAUUGAUAUAUGGCUCAUUGCCUGUCUUCUUUUUGGAUUUUCAUCACUGGUGGAAUAUGCUGUAGUGCAGGUAAUAUUAAACAGUCCCAAACUGAUUGAAGAGGAGAAAGCCAAAAUGGCCACAAAGGAAAAAGCUUUGAAAGAGAAAGAAGGAAAGAAACCUUCAAAUAAAACUAACAACACAGUGAAUGGAACUGGUGGAACACCCAUACAUGUCAACACUCUGCAGGUGGUAGAAACUCGAAAGAAAGUUUGCACCUCCAAGUCAGACCUUCGCUCCAAUGACUUCAGCAUUGUGGGAUCUUUACCUCGUGACUUUGAACUUUCCAACUUUGACUGUUAUGGUAAACCAGUUGAAGUGACAGGGGCCCUCAAGUCCCAGAACAAAGCCAACAAGAAACCUGCACCACCCAAACCUGUCAUACCUGCUGCUGCCAAACGCAUUGACCUCUAUGCAAGAGCCCUCUUCCCUUUUUCCUUUCUCUUCUUUAAUGUUGUCUACUGGUCAGUCUAUCUGUGA